AUGGAUUUCUUAAACCUGUCCGAUCAUAACUUGACAUCAGAAGAACGGCUACAGGGAAUGCCAUCUAAAAUUCUGGUGUCCGUCACUCUCUCCGGGCUGGCACUGAUGACAACGACCAUCAACUCUCUUGUGAUAGCAGCAAUCAUUGUGACCCGGAAGCUGCAUCACCCAGCCAAUUAUUUAAUUUGUUCCCUGGCAGUCACAGAUUUUCUUGUCGCUGUGCUGGUGAUGCCGUUCAGCAUUGUGUACAUUGUGAGAGAGAGCUGGAUUAUGGGACAAGUCGUGUGUGACAUUUGGCUGAGUGUUGACAUGACCUGCUGCACCUGCUCCAUCUUACAUCUCUCUGCUAUCGCUUUGGAUCGGUAUCGGGCAAUCACAGAUGCUGUGGAGUAUGCCAGGAAAAGGACUCCCAAGCAUGCUGGCAUUAUGAUAACGGUGGUGUGGAUUAUAUCUGUUUUUAUCUCAAUGCCACCUCUGUUCUGGAGACACCAAGGAACAAGCCGAGAAGAUGAGUGCAUCAUCAAGCAUGACCACAUUGUUUCUACUAUCUAUUCAACAUUUGGGGCUUUCUACAUCCCACUAACCUUGAUUUUGAUUCUGUACUACAAAAUAUAUAGAGCAGCAAAGACAUUGUACCACAAGAGACAAGCCAGUAGGAUUGCCAGAGAGGAGCUGAAUGGCCAAGUUCUCUUAGAGGGGGGUGAGAAAAAAACGAGACUGGUCUCUACACCCUACAUUCUAGAAAAGUCUUUAUCUGAGCCAUCAACAGACUUUGAUAAAGCUCAUAGCACGGUGAAAAAUACUAGGUCUGAAUUCAAGCAUGAGAAAUCUUGGAGACGGCAAAGGAUCUCCGGCACAAGGGAACGCAAAGCAGCCACCACCUUGGGGUUAAUAUUGGGUGCAUUCGUAAUAUGUUGGCUUCCUUUUUUCGUAAAAGAACUGGUUGUUAACGUUUGUGAGAAAUGUGAAAUUUCUGAGGACAUGUCAAAUUUCUUGACAUGGCUUGGAUAUCUGAAUUCCCUUAUAAAUCCACUAAUCUAUACAAUCUUUAAUGAAGACUUCAAGAAAGCAUUCCAAAAACUUGUGCGAUGUCGGUAUUAGUUGUUA